CCAGCCUGGCUGUGAGUGCUUCCAGGGAUGGGGCAUCCACAGCCUCUUUGUGCAACCUACUCCAACAUCUCACCCACAUAACAUGUGCUGAGAACAUCUCCUAUAAACUACAUCCAUAGCAGAUUUAGCCAAGGAUGUGUCAGCCCCCAGAACCUCCCCAGGCCAUAGGGUCCCUCCAGCACAGCCCCUUUAAGGGCACCAAGGCGGCGCAACAUUAAUUUUAGCCUGGAGCGCAGCCAGGGUGUGGGGCAGCUGCUCAGCUCUCACAGCCUGCCCUCUGAUCUGCCCCAGCCCUGCAGCACCAGAGCCAUGGCUGAGGAACAGAGGGAGCUGGAGGAGAGGAUCAUCAUCAAGGACCAGCACACCAAGGAGAUUGACCUGGUGAACAGGGAUCCAAAGCAGAUCAACGAAGACGUUGUAAAGGUGGAUUUCGAGGAUGUGAUAGCUGAGCCCGUGGGGACGUACAGCUUUGAUGGUGUCUGGAAAAGCAGCUACACCACAUUCACCGUCAGCAAGUACUGGUGCUACCGGCUACUCUCAGCCGUGCUGGGCAUCCCCCUGGCCGUGGUCUGGGGCUUCCUCUUCGCCCUCAUUUCCUUCUGCCACAUCUGGGCAGUGGUGCCCUGCAUCAAGAGCUACCUGAUUGAGAUCCAGUGUGUCAGCCGCAUCUACUCCCUCUGCAUCCACACCUUCUGUGAUCCACUCUUUGAGGCGCUCUCCAAGAUCUGCAGUAACGUCAGGGUUGCGCUGCGGAAAGAAACCUAAAUCCCAGCAGCACCACAACCACUGUGCUGUGCCGGGCCCUGAGCAGCCACAGUGCACCCAUCGGGUCUCUGCUGCUGCUCUGGGGCUUUGAGCACAGCUGUCCUUGGGAUGACAGGGACACAGAGGCACCUUGUGUGCUCUGUUGGCACUGCCCCGAAGUGCUGUGCUGAACCAGGGCCUGGGAGGUCUCUUUGUUCAGAUAUGAUUCUCAAUUUAUUCUUCCCUCAGCUCCCAACAAGUACUCGAGGCCAAAGUCCCUCCUGGUGUGAUGCCAGAGAGGCACAGUUUGUAUGAUGCUGCUCUGCUGCCCUCAGGAACGUAGCACAGUGCACAGCACUGCACCUCAGGGUGGCUGCAGUUACAUGUAAAAAAAGGUAUUUGAAUGUUUGUAGGGAAAAAAAAUGUUUCUGAAAACACUUUAUCACAGGUACUUUUUUAAGUUUUUUGUUGGAAUAAAAAUAAUUGAAAACCAUGUUGGA